UAUUAACAUAAUGGAUUAGAUCUAUUUCAUUUUGGUGAAGGAGUCUUUAGAGAAUGAUAGUAUGGUAGUUAGGUUUAUGGUUAAUAACCAAGAGGUAUUACCAAAAUUAGAGUUUAAAUUGACGAAAAAUUAUUCAGAGCAAUAUUCAUAAGUCCUAUUUGAACAUCUAUAGAAUCACAUUCCUAAAGAGUGUCACUAUUUAUAUUUUGUAAGUUAUUGAUAAACUAUUAAAUUAAAUUAGAAUGAACCUUUGGAAUGCAUGAAAAAAUAGAGAUUCAAUUUAAUUGCUCAGUUAAGCGUAGAUGUUAUACUAAAAAUAUUAAACAUAAAAUAUAUACCGAUAAUAAGAACAAAUUAUUCUCGGUACACACUUGACGAUGUAAUUUGUAGAAAUAUUCAACUUAGGCUAUUCAAGAGGGAAGUAAAUCAGUAAUAGAGAAAAUGAAUUAGAGUUGGUAAACAUAAUGCAAAUUCAAAUCUAAGAUUAAAAAAGACUUUUUAUCAACAUUAAAUGAUUUCAAAUAUUGCUACCGUAUAGAGAUUUUAAUGACAUCAACAUUAUAAUAAAUAAAAUAAGAAAAAUAUUCAGAGUAUGAUGUACUUUACGUACCGACAGAUGAGUUAAUAUUCUUAAAAACCAACAAAAAAUAAUAACUAUCGCUGUCAUUUAAUAAUUUAGAAGAAAUAAAUAAAUGUAAUUAGUUAAUAUGA